UCGAACGCCAUGUUUGAUGAGCAAUAUCCGGCUACGAAAGAGGCAACCGCAGCCAGCCAGGUAGAUGUCUCCAUAAAAACGCAACUAUUAGCUGAGGCUGCCAAGCAGCGCCAACUUGAACCAAUUAAUCUCCGCUCGAACAAAUUAUCUUUUGCAGACACCGACCCGUCUCUGGGCAUGAGACUACUCUCAGUCUUCUGGAACCGCCAACAUGCUAUCGGAUCCAUCAUCUAUCGACCGUCUUUCAUGCGCGACAUGGCCUGCCAAGGAACAUAUUUUUCUCCGCUACUUUUAUACUCAAUAUUCUUUCACGCUUCUAAGCAUGUGCCUGAGGUAGGCGGUACAUGUGAUGACUCUGACAUUUGUCAUCAUGGUCGUCGGUUUCGUCAAAAGGCUGAGGAUUUAUUGUUUGGUCGUGGGACACAAACUUUGUGCAAGAGUAGCAUUCCAACGAUUCAAGCGCUGCUUCUCAUGUCGGAUACACUGUUUUCAUGGUGCGAUGAGAGGAGUCUUUCGUGGCACUACUUGGGUAUUGCCACGAAUAUGAUGAUCGACCUAGGCAUUCAUUCUGAGACCCCGCCACUUUCGUUUAAAAAGUCGCUUUCGCCGGAAGACAUAGAGAUACGACGCAGAGUAUUCUGGUCCGCCUUUGUCUUGGACAAAGUUCAGUCCAUCUACCAAGGGCGCCCAGCUCGUCUCCGUGACAUGGACUGCAGUGUCCCCAUGCUUUUCCUGGACGAAUACGAAGAACUUGAGCUUUCUAAUAGUAUAGGCUACUCUGAAGUUGCUCAAACACUCGAUUUACCAAUGCACAGCGGCUCGACAUUUGUGCACCUGUGUAAGCUGAGCACCAUCGCUGAUCGCAUCCUCGCCAGUUUGUACACAGAGGAGAGCUUGCGUAGAGACAAUGACGAGUUAUACGAAAUGUCUCUCGCUUUGCAUGCUCAAUUGAUUCAAUGGAGGGACUCAUCCCCCGAGCAUUUGAAGAUCCAAUUCGAUGACAAGACUACGGCUGACACAAUGGCUCUUCCGCAUACUCUAUCUUUAGUGUCAAUGUUUUACGCGUUGGUCAUCCUGCUUCACCGUCCUUUCGUCUCCGAAGGUCACCUCUCGUCCACAACACGCUCGCCUACCUAUCACGCCUCUUCCCUCUGCGAAAAUGCUGCAUCGCGCAUUGAUACGGUGCUUCGACGUUACAAAAAAUACUGGUGUAUAAAAUCUCCGCCAUAUUUUCUAUCAUAUGCAACAUACGUGAGCGCAACGAUUCAUGUACGCAUAGCGGCAGAAAAGCCUCCGGCUUCAGAAGCGUAUAACCGUCUCCAGAACUGUCUCGAGAUACUAUCCGAACAUCAAAGAGUUUGUCACGCACCAAGACGUUCGAUGGUCAUCUUAGUCAACUUGAUGCGGCGUCUAAACGUAAAUGUU